UGGUCGUCUUCUCCGUCUUUCACUUGCUCUAUAAAAAUCCCUUCCCUUGUUUCCCUCUCCCUACACCGCAUACCCACUUCUCUCUCUCUCUCUCUCUCUCUCUCUCUCUGAGAAAUGUCAGUUUGUUCUGUUUCGCUCUGAUUCCACUCUGCUUCCGCGGUUGACGAUCUGGGUUUUUCGAAUUUUCUCGCUCUGUUUCCUUCUUCGGGGUUCCUUCUGAUUAUCCCUGUUUGAGGCCCAUGGAGAAGCUCAAUUUCGUGAAGAAUGGCGUUCUGAGACUGCCUCCUGGGUUUCGAUUUCAUCCCACAGAUGAAGAGCUCGUUGUUCAAUACCUCAAGAGGAAAGUGCACUCGUCCCCUUUGCCGGCUUCCAUCAUCCCCGAAGUCGAUGUCUGCAAAGCCGAUCCAUGGGAUUUACCUGGAGGGUUGGAGAAGGAGAGGUACUUCUUCAGCACGAGAGAAGCCAAGUACCCGAACGGGAGCAGGUCGAAUCGGGCAACCGGGUCGGGUUACUGGAAAGCGACCGGAAUCGACAAACGGGUCGUGACGUCGAGAGGAAACCAAGUUGUGGGCAUGAAGAAAACCCUAGUUUUCUACAGAGGAAAGCCUCCUCACGGAUCUCGAACCGAUUGGAUCAUGCACGAGUAUCGCCUGGCUUCUCCUCCUCCGAGUUCAAUGGGUCCGACGAAGAACUGGGUCCUGUGCCGUAUAUUCCUGAAGAAGAGAGGCCACAACAAGAGCGAAGACGACGUCGAUUCAUGCAAAAAAAACCACAAUUACUGCGAUAAUGACACAAAUAAUGAUGAUGGGGAUCACCGAAAUGAUCCUAGGAAGAAAUCGAGUCCUGUAUUGAUCGAUUUCAUGAGAAAAGAAUGGACGACGGAUUUGAAUUCGGACCCGAAAUCCCCGUCGGGUUCUGGUUCGAGCGGGGUGACGACGGAGGUUUUUUCCGAUGAAUCGGAAGAUGUCGACGGGAGUAGUAGUAGUUGCAGUAGCUUCAAUCAUUUCAGAAGAAAAACAUGAAACUAAUAAUGUUUUUAAUAAUUUAUAAUACGGACCCCUUCGUUUUUCUUAACUUCAGGAAAAAAACAAAUCUGCCCUGUUUUUGGUUAUGUUUUGUAUUUUCGUGUAACAGUGGAAGAAUAUCAGAAUAAUUAACAUCUUUUGAUUGA